AUCCUACCUAUAAAAAAACCCCCUCGUCCUCUGCGUCAUCUGCACUGAAAAUCUGGUUCUCUGAUUCACUCUAUACGAAGCAAUGCUUCUUCGAAGUGCAUCGACGCCAAUUCUCAAUUCAUGCUUCCCUCACUCUACUAAAGACUCCUCGCCCGAACCCGAUAUUCUGCCCCAGAUCCCUAGAACCUGUUCGAUCUCAUUAUCGGUCUCUUCUUCGAGCCCGUUCUCGUCUUCUUCUCACGAAGAUUCAAUCAAGAAAAUGAUAAGAGCAUUGUCCGAGUCCGAUCUCAGGGAGUUGGCGGUACAGCAGAAGAGACCGUUCGGGAGGACUUUGAAUGGGAUUUUAUUGGAGGAGGAGAUCGAAGAGGAGACCUCAACGGCGUCGUUGUGGAAUGAGAAGGAGUGCGAGGUUGGGGGUGGGAUUGGCGGUGCUGGUGGAAAGAUCUGUGGCGGCGGAUCCGACUGCGGAGAUUCAAGCAAUAAUGGGAAUGAUAGUAUGGAUGCUUUCUAUCAGAGAAUGAUCGAGGCCAAUCCGAGGAAUGGGUUGCUGCUUGGGAACUACGUGAGGUUCUUGAAAGAGAUCCGAGGAGAUUUUGAGAAAGCUGAAGAGUACUGUGCCAGAGCAAUCUUGGCGAACCCGAACGACGGGGAGGUUCUGUCGAUGUACGGUGACUUGGUGUGGCAGAAGCACAAGGACCCUGUUCGUGCAGAGACCUAUUACGAUCGAGCAGCCAAAGCUUCACCUGAUGAUUGUCAUGUAAUGGCUUCUUAUGCUCGGUUUCUCUGGGAUGCUGAAGAAGAAGAAGAAGAAGGAGAGGCAAUGAAGGAAGCUUCACGGCCAUGUUACUUCAAUGGAGCUCACUGUUCUCCUCCUUUGGCUGCUGCUUCUUAGACUCUUUCUUCUGCUCACUUUUUGUAUGAUAUUCUAGAUAUGAUAUUAACUUUCUAACCUUUUAUGUUAUCUUCAUGUUUAUAGCUAUUUUAAAUGUGUUAGCUUUUUUCGGAGAUGAGUUGUAAAAAUGAAAAUAAUAGAUGGAAUGAUUUUUUUUAGUGUCU